AUGCCCAGGGUAGAUGGAUCAGAAAGUGUUGUUCUUGCUCCAAAUAUUGAACUCAAUGAAGUAGUUGUUGAUGCAGUUGAACCCGAAGAAUUACACACCCGAAGAACUAGAAUAGAAGAAGACAGACCUGAAGGGAUGGAAGUUACUCCAUUAGAACGUGAUCCGGGGUUACGAAUUCCAGUAAUGCAACAUCAUGUUAAGAAGCGUGAUGAGAUCCACCAAAACACUCAGCAUUCACUAGUGAAGGUUUCAAAAGAUGGUGUUCUAGGUCACGAUGAGUCAAAAGGUUCAAUGAGUCGUGGAAAUUUUAUUAAAUUGAUUAAGUAUUCAACAUCACUUAAUGAAGAUUUGAAUGCAGUCGUCUUGGAGAAUGCCCCUGGAAAUGCCACUUAUACUUCACCCAAGAUUCAGAAACAGAUCUUGAAUAUUAUAUCUAACAGAUUUAGAAGCAAGAUUCGCGAGGAAAUUGGAAAUGCCAAAUAUUGUAUCCUUGCUGAUGAGUCGCGGGACGCUUCCAAGAAAGAGGAAAUUGUGAUUGUUUUAAGGUAUGCAGAUAUUGAUGGUUAUGUUCAAGAAAGGUUUUUUGAUAUUCAACGUGUUGACGAUACUUGUGCUUUAACUCUGAAAAAUGGAAUAACAAAAUUCUUAAUUAUUAUGAUCUUCAAGUUGAAAACAUGCGAGGGCAGGGGUAUGAUGUCGCUAGUAAUAUGCGUGUCUAUGUUAACAUCAAUUGUCAAUCUUGUUACAUCUUCUUCACAUCGGUUUGGUGAUUUUCAGUCUGCUCAAGAAGAUGAGAUUGCCAAAAGUUUGAUAGAUAAGUUCGAAGCAACCUGCACAACUAUUGACCAUAUUGGUGCAAGUGAUCCGAAAGUGACUCCUAAAGUUGGUGAAGCACAAAGUCUUCAAAAGAAAACACAAGACAUAGUAAAUGCAAUGGCUCUAGUCUCAAACACAAAAGUUUUACUUAGAGAAUUAAAAGAAGAGGGGUGGGAAAAUUUUAUUACAAAUGUUGUUGAAUUUUGUGUUGCACAUGGUGUUGAAACACCUAAUAUGGAGGCUCACUAUAUGAUGGGUACAUGUCGUUCUUGUCAACAACGUGAUAAUAUCACAGUAGAUCACAAUUAUCGUGUUGAUAUAUUUGCUGGUACAAUUGAUUUUCAGUUGCCACAGCUAGAUCAUAGGUUUCCAGAGGACACGAUUAAUGGAACUACUCAUUCUUAG